GGGGACAAAAAAUAUUGACUUGACCGAGAGAGACAGAGUGAUGCAUAUCUAUGUGCCCUGGAUCCUCUGCUCUCUGAUCGAUAGUGUGCGGUUCAGUUCAACAGGACUCCAUUAGCUUCAGCAUUCAGGUCAAGUACAUCUACCAAUAACUUGCUGUUCGUUCGUGUGCCCAUGGAUCAUCAGUACCCGGCCAUGUACCCGAGUGCUCCGCCGACCCCGGGCAACAUGGAGACGGCCCUCGUCGGCGUCGCAGCGUACCCGCCGGGCCCGGCGCAGGGCCUGCCCGUGCGCCCGCAGCAGCUCGGCGGGGGCGCCCCGACGGACGGGGACAGGAGCGGCUGGGCGGGCAACGACCCCAGCACGCUGCUCGUGGUGGCCACGCUGCUCACGGCGCUCGCCUACCUGCUCGGCCUCAGCAUGCCCGGCGGCUACUGGCAGCAGGACACGCCGUCCAGGGACGGCAGGGUGGUGUACCGCGCCGGCGACCCCGUCAUGCGCGACCUGCACCGGCCCAGGUACUGGGUGUUCAGGGCGGCGAUCUGGGCGGGGGUCGCGAGCUCCAUGGUGAUGACGCUGAGCUUGCUGGUUCGGAUGCCCGUGGGCUCGCGCCAUGUGCUGUGGUCGUUCUCGGUGGCCUACUCCAGCCUCGUGCUCACCUUCAUCGUGUCGCAGUCCAGGACGCAUCUGUCGUUGGACAUCCUCAUCUGGGUGGCGGUUCUCGCCCUCAUCUGGCUCGUCGUCAGCCACCAUCCGGAGCGCCGGGCGCGCAUCGUCCGGGCGAUCUUCUGCUGCAACCGCGACAACUGAAAGAAACCUCUUGCCUGCUUUUGUGUGCCGUUCGUCCCUAGGUAAGCUUGCUUCGGUAUUGGUAAUGCUAGGCUUUUCUCAGGCAGUGAACCCAAUGUAAACUUGUAUCCAUUUAUUAUCAUACAUGAAACUGGAUAUAUUGCUAACUAGAAAUAAAAAUAGCACUCCGAGCAACUACAAAAGUUGAUCUCUAAGAAAAUGAUCACGAUCCUGGUGUUCA